GCAGCCAUGAUGCUGAUGACCUCCGUGUGAUGUCAUCAGGAGGUGUUGGCCCGGUUUAUAAAGCUUCCCGGUCCGGGACCACACCAAUCCUCACAGAGCCAGAGACCCGGGACAACAGACGGGUUGUGGUCCAAAGGACGACUCUUAUUCCCAACAGAACCUCCAGAACCAUGUUGUUCUCCAGCAGCCUCCUGCAGCGGUGGUUCUUCGCGGUCUUCCUGCUCUGCUCCCCGGUUCCGUUCGCGGGCCGACCCGUCGACACCCUGAGCGGCAGAAUGAGGCGCUCUGUGACCCACACUCAGCUCAUGCACGACAAAAGCCGGAUGCUGCAAGAUUUACGGCGGCGCAUGUUCCUGCAAGGCAUCCUGGACGCGGUCCACACGGCCGAGAUCCUCCCGGUCCGCAGCGCCGGGAGCAGCAGCGGCGCCGGCGCCGGGCCGCCCGGACCGAGCCUGGGGGUCAACCCGAGCACCACGGGCAGCACCCUGCAGUCCAAGCCCCCCGGAGGAACCAAGAACCUCCCCGUCAUGCUCCAGGAGGACGAGGAGGAGGGAACCCACCUGCCGCAGGAGACCAACAAGUCCUACAAGGAGAAGCUUCCCAGCAAGAGGAAGCGGAAGGGGAAGUCGGGCCGCCGGAAGGAGGCGGAGAAGAGGAAGAGGACGGUUCGCGCCGUCCGGCGAAGGCCAGGGGAAGAGGCGGGCAGCGGGCUCCAGCUGGAGUGGAGGCCGCUGCUGGGCCUGCAGGGGGCGCUGCAGUGAGACGCCGUCAGCCUCUGACGGAGACAGAAAUCUUGGCCUCGCCUCUCGGACUCGUAAAGGUUCACGACUCGUUCUCCCGUCACGGAGCAUUUGGACCGCAGAAAGAAAAUAUUUAUUGUGUGUAAAUAUCUGAGAUUAAAAAGCAGAAUAUGUUUAAAUGAAACCUUAUGGUUGCUCUGUGCAGCCAGAGAUUUUAAUCUUUGUGAAUCCUUUUUAUUCCAGUAAUGUCUGAUUAUUUCCAGUAAUUUAUUUUGGUGUAUUUAUUUUGAAACGUAUCGAGGUGCUGCUGACCUUCUAUAUUUUUGUACCAUAAUGCACUUUAGAUAUCUGACUAUAAUCUAUAAAUUUGUUUUUGUUGACUGAAGUUCAGAAAACUCGACUUUUUUUGUCAUUUUUUUAUUUGUUUAAACAUGUUGUUUUGUUGAGCUGUUUGCUUCCUCAUGAUGCCUUCACUGACCGUCGGUUUUCUCCACGCUCUACUGCCAUCAAGGUUCUGCUGGAGGUCAAAGUUCAUGUGUUCAUGUUGGUGAAGCCUGUUGUUCUGAGCUGAUUAAACAUGUCAUAUCUGA